AUGAACUUCACAAAAGUUCAAGCAUUUCCACACAGACAGAAAGAAGAUCAUCCUAUCCUUCAAUAGCCAUGGGUGAAAAGGGGCACUGAGAUCAGGUGCAGCACCAGAAGGAGACCUUGGAGAAGUACCAAGGUGGGACAGUAG